AUUCAUUCCGAUCUUCAUCGGCGAUGCACGGUAGUCUAUUGCGUCUUUAGAAUAACCGCCUUCCGUUGAUUCCUAGGGAUGCUUUCAAUUUCUCCUCCGCCAUUUCCGCCCCCUUCGGCGCGGCUUGUUCCGCACCACCACAGGCUUGUCCUCUCCAACGAGAAAUUUGUUCCUCCGUUUGCCCGUUCGUCCUCGAUUUGCAGCGCUAAGUCACCGGUUUGCUGCCGCUGCAUCCGCGGCGGCGCGGAUCCGUCGCCGUCGGAGUCAGAAGAAGGCCCGAGCUGGAAGUGGGACCUGGCGAUUUUGGAGGCGGUUAAGAAUGUGAUGAAGCGAUUCAAUGAAUUCGUGAGUCCAAAGCGGAAUGAGGAGAGCGUCGGAAUUGUCAAGGCGAAGGUUGCUGAAGAGGAGGAGGAAUGGGAUUGGGUGCGAUGGAAAGAUCAUUUCUCCCAGGUGGAGGAUCAGGAACGCAUUAUUUCGAAUUUAAAGUCACAGUUAGCUGGAUAUAUUAAUAGAGAAGAUUAUGAAGGGGCGGCGAGGCUUAAGGUAGCUAUAGCUGCUGCUGCUGCAAAUGACACUGUAGGCAAAGUGAAGUCUCAAUUCAAUGACACAGUGGAGGAAGAGCGGUAUUCGGAUGCUGCCUGGUUACGUGAUAAUGCCGGCACUGGAUUGGUGGGAUGGUGGGCUGGAAUUUCAGAUAGUGAUCCUUAUGGGCACAUUAUCCGUAUAAGUGCUGAGUAUGGAAGAUAUGUGGCUAGAAGUUAUACACCAAGACAGCUUGCCUCUUCAAUGGAUGGUUCCCCCAUCUUUGAGAUAUUUCUGACAAUGAAAAAGAAAAACAAAUACAAGCUGCAGGCUGUCUACUUAAAGCGGAUAGUAGCUGCUCGGGAUUCAACAAUUUCUUCCUCCAAAGCAUCUGCUGCUGCGAGUAACUUGGACACUCUGAGUCCAACUGAAAAUAAAAAUGAUCUUUUUGGAAACGACAAUGAAUUUCCAGAAGAUGACGAGGAUAGUGAUGAUGAGUCUGGUUUUGUGAAUGCAUUACGAGAUAUGAUUCCUGGUAUGAAGGUCAAGGUUUUGAAAGUAACAGCUCCAGCUAAGGCGGACCGAGAUUUAUUUUCGAAGAUGAUUGAACAAAUAAUUGAAGAUGAAGAUGAAGAGGAAGAUGAAGAAGAAGACGAAGAGGAAGAAGUUAGGGAAAUAGACACUGAUAUAGGAAGUGUGGGUGCCGCAGAGGAAGUUGAAGAUAAAAGCAGCACGGAGCAGAAUGCAAUUGAAAUCAAUACAAAUCGUGGGACUGGUGAUGGUGAUGAACAAAGCCAGAUUUCUUUUAAGGUUUUUGUCAGUGGCCCUGUACGGAAAGUCUCAAGUGAUGAUCGCAAUAACGUUUUUCUGCGUGUACCGGCUAGGUUGGAAAGAAAGGGUCAUUUAACAUUUACUUUUACUAUAGAGGAAGACAAUUUACAAACUUCUGGCAGCAAAGAAACUUUGCCAAAUAGAAAUCCAAAAUUCCAGAGUCAACGGAGUGUAGACCAUCUAAUGCUUGAUCUUGCAAAGUCUAUUGCUAGGGGAAAAAUCCCUACAAAGGUGCUUAAAGAUGUGAGUGAGCUGUUAACUCUUACUCUAAAUCAGGCUAGAAGUCCCCAACAAUUGCCAAAAUCAACAACUUUUAGUCGCAUUGAGAUCCCCUCCUCUCAUGACCCAUUAAAUGGCCUAUAUGUUGGUGUACCUGGUAUUCAGUCUUCAGAAGUGAUCCACCUAAGGCGCAGAUUUGGCCAGUGGAAAGAAGAUGUUAAAACGAAGGAGUCACCUAUGGUUCAAUUUCAUGAAUAUGUUGAGGCUGUAAAAUUAACUGGAGAUUCUAAUGUGCCUGCUGGCCAGGUUGCCUUCCGUGCAAAAAUUGGAAAACAAUAUCAACUUCCACAUAAAGGGAUUUUUCCAGAAGAAUUUGGGGUGAUUGCUCGGUAUAAGGGGCAAGGAAGGCUGGCCGAGCCAGGAUUUCAAAAUCCUCGAUGGGUUGCCGGAGAGCUAGUAAUUCUGGAUGGAAAGUACAUCAAAGGAGGGCCUGUCGUCGGGUUUGUAUACUGGGCCACUGAGUAUCAUUUCUUGCUUUUCUUUCAUCGCCUAAGGCUGCCAGAGUAGAUUACAACUGCACAUGCAGGUCGAUCUGUUUAUUCUUUCCUCAAAUUUUGAAGGUCAAUUUCAAAGGGCCUUCUGACUUGAGUUGCAGAUUCAGAAAGCUAAGUUUUGAUGUAAUAUUAGUAUUUGAAUAAUCAUAAGUUUGCAUUUCUUUUUUCUAUUUCUACACAGUCCUGAAAUUCUCAGUCCAUUUAGUUUUUUUUGUUUUUUUUUGCUCUAACUCAUAAUUACAAUAAUGUAAAUAUGCUGCUGUUAGUAUAUAUAUUUUGGCAUUAAUUAUAUAUUGGAAGGAAUGAGAAACUUUGCUCCAAAUGCACUGGUUGUUACAAUGUAUGCUAAAUAGAGUAUUCCCAAUAUAUGAGUUUGUACCGU